CCAAUAUCCGUCCAGGUUCAACACCAAUCUCUCUCUCGCAAAUCCAACUACUCAUCAUAUAAUAUUACCUUCCAGGGGACUGUCUGACAGACUAUAUACUAUCUCUCUCUCUAUCUCUCUCUCUCUACUUUUGUUUCCAAACAAAGUCCAAUAGCAUUUUCAGUCUCAGAGCCAUGGGAGAGGUAACAGAGUUCGAUCAAGCUUUCAUCCAAGACCCAGAGCACAGGCCAACACUCUCCAUCUCCGAAGCCGAAGGUAUUCCGCUGAUCGAUCUCUCCCCUGUGGUGUUGAACUCCUCCGAUCCCUCCUCUUCCGAUGAAGCCGUUGCGGAAGUGGUGAGACAGAUAGGCAGGGCGUGCGAGCAGUGGGGUUUCUUCCAGGUGAUCAACCAUGGCGUUCCUCUGCAACUGAGAGAGAAGAUCUUCAGGACUUCGAAGGAGUUCUUCGCUCAGCCUUUGGAGGAGAAGAGGAAGGUGAGGAGGAGUGAGGAGUCGGUUUGCGGUUACUUUGACACCGAGCUAACCAAGAAUGUUAGAGAUUGGAAGGAGGUCUUCGAUUUUAUCGCGGAAGAUCCAACCAUUGUCCCUGCUUCCCCUGACCCUGAUGAAAAGGAUGUCAUUCACUGGCACAAUCAAUGGCCUCAAUAUCCUCCUCACUUCAGGGAAACAUGUGAAGAAUAUAUUAAAGAAGUGGAAAAGUUGAGUCUGAAAUUGAUGGAUCUUAUAGCUCUCAGCCUAGGCUUGCCUGCGAAGAGAUUCAAUAACUAUUUCAAAGACCAAACCACCUUUAUUAGAUUCAAUCACUAUCCACCAUGCCCUGCCCCUGAGCUGGCUCUGGGUGUUGGUCGCCAUAAAGAUGGUGGUGCUUUGACUGUGCUGGCUCAAGACGAAGUUGCUGGAUUGCAAGUCAAACGCAAAUCCGAUGGAGAGUGGAUUCGUGUUAAACCCGCCCCUAAUGCUUAUAUCAUCAAUGUUGGUGAUGUUAUUCAGGUUUGGAGCAAUGAUAAAUAUGAGAGUGUGGAGCACAGAGUGAUGGUGAACUCAGAGAAGGAAAGGUUUUCCAUUCCGUUCUUCUUCAACCCAGCACACUACACUGAAGUGAAGCCCUCAGAAGAAUUGAUUAAUGAGCAAAAUCCUCCAAAGUUUAGGCCAUACAAGUGGGGCCAAUUCCUCACUCAUAGGAAGCUCACCAACUUUAAGAAACUCAAUGUUGAAAACUUACAGACUUACCAUUUCAGGAUACAGAAUUAAGCAGGCCGUAUUGGAACUUGGAGGGCUACCCUAUACCAUAUAAAUAUAUGAAUGUAUAUAUAUAUAUAUAUAUAUACAUGUAAGUAAAAGAAAUAAUUAGUUGGCUAGCCCAGCUUCCUGUAUGUUGUUGUAGAUACCAUGUUGUACACAAAUAGAGAGCGUCCUGCCUGUUUCGGGUAGGGAGAGUCUUUCAGAACAUGGUGAAAUUUGUUUAAAAUAAAUAAAAGCUUAUUUUGAUUAUUAAUUUUCA